CCCGCGGGCUCCCUGAAAGACCAUGGCUGAGACCCUCAAGCUCGCUUCCAGAGUGCUCCGUCGGGCCCGCUGGGCUCCGGAGCUGGGCACCUCACUGGGUUCCAAAGGCAGCGACCCAACAGCGCCCCACGGCUUGGCGGACAUCCCAGGCCCCUCCACACCCAGCUUCCUGGCUGAACUUUUCUGCAAAGGAGGACUGUCACGAUUACACGAGCUACAGGUGCGGGGCGCCGCGCGUUACGGACCCGUGUGGUCAGCCAGCUUCGGGCCGGUGCGCACAGUGUACCUGGCGGCCCCGACUCUGGUGGAGCAGCUGCUGCGACAGGAGGGACCCCGGCCGGAGCGCUGCAGCUUCUCCCCCUGGACCGAGCACCGACGUCGGCACCAGCGGGCUUGCGGGCUGCUCACCGCGGAAGGCGAAGAAUGGCAGAAGCUCCGCAGCCUCCUGGCGCCUCUGCUCCUCCGGCCGCAGGCGGCCGCCGGCUAUGCCGGGACCCUGGACGAGGUGGUCCGGGACCUGGUGCGGCGACUGCGGCGCCAGCGGGGACGGAGCGCAGGGGCCCCCACCCUGGUGCGCGACGUGGCGGGAGAGUUUUACAAGUUUGGGCUGGAAGGAGUGGGCGCCGUGCUGCUGGGCUCGCGCCUGGGCUGCCUGGACGUGCAGGUGCCCGCGGACACCGAGACCUUCAUCCGCGCCGUGGGCUCGGUCUUUAUGUCCACGCUGCUGACGAUGGCGAUGCCCAGCUGGCUACACCGCCUGGUACCCGGACCUUGGGGCCGCCUCUGCCGAGACUGGGACCAGAUGUUUGCAUUUGCGCAGCGGCACGUGGAGCGGCGAGAGGCCGAGGCGGCUGUGAGCGGCCAGGGAAAGUCCGAGGUGGACGUGGGCGCUGGAGCACACCUAACCUACUUCCUACUGCGGGAAAAGUUGCCUGCCCCGUCCAUCCUGGGAAACGUGACAGAGCUGCUACUGGCCGGGGUGGACACGGUGUCCAACACCCUCUCCUGGGCCCUGUAUGAACUCUCUCGGCAUCCAGAAGUCCAGAUGGCACUGCACUCUGAGAUCACAGCUGCCCUGGGCCCUGGCUCCCAUGCCCACCUUCCAGCCACCACCUUGUCUCAGCUGCCCCUGCUGAAGGCUGUGGUCAAAGAGGUGCUAAGAUUGUACCCUGUGGUUCCUGGCAAUUCCCGUGUUCCAGACAAAGACAUCCAUGUGGGUGACUAUAUUAUCCCCCAAAAUACAUUGGUUACUUUGUGCCACUAUGCCACCUCAAGGGACCCUGCACAGUUCCCAGAGCCAAAUUCUUUCCGGCCAGCUCGUUGGCUGGGGGAGGAUCCAGCUUCCCACCCAUUUGCAUCUCUUCCCUUUGGCUUUGGCAAGCGCAGCUGCAUGGGGAGACGCCUGGCAGAGCUUGAGCUGCAAAUGGCCUUGGCCCAGAUCUUGACCCAUUUUGAGGUGCAGCCUGAGCCAGAUGCUGCCCCAAUCAGACCCAUGACUCGGACAGUCCUGGUACCUGAGAGGAGCAUCAACCUCCUGUUUGUGGACAGAUAAUCCUGAGAAAGGACGUUGCCAUUAUCAUUAUAGGGCCUUACUAGGUACAUACAAGACAGAGAUCCAUAUCCCUGAGGUCUCUCUAUCUGACCAAACUGGGCAGAACAAACAGACAACAAAGUGUUUGAGACAGCUUUGACUAAGGUGUGAAGUAUAUACUUGGUUUUAUCUAAGAUAACCCCAGUUCAUCUACCUGCUUGACCUUUCUUCUGUGCAUAUAAAAUAGCCAACUCAGAUUUCAACUAAUUAUAUUGGGUGGUCUGAGGAGGAAUUCAACCUCUAUCCUUUUGGGGCUUUCAAAGCCUUCACUGCCAUUGCUGGCUAAGCACUGACCAUGGCCUCAACUAAACAACUGUACAUCUACUCUGUACCUGCUUAGUCUUCUCUCCUUCUCUCUUUGAAAUAGAGUGGGUGAGGCCUUAUUUGGUCUUCAUAAUCCCUGCCAGGACCUCUCCCUAACUAGACUGUCAGACUGAAUCUGGACCAUGGGGCUCCCUCUGUCCAUCUCCUUUCUCAUCUUGCCCCAGGAAGUGGAGUCUGUCCUAUCCUUGCCUGGUUUAUGGUUUUUUGUUUGUUUGUUUUUGUUUUUAAACCCUCCCUGGAUCUCUGGUCACUAUUAGGUUAGCUUACCCUACCAUUUAGUUCCUAGGCAGACACAUCUUGGGGUUUAUUUCUGCCCAAACUUUUUUUUUUAAUACUGACUUUUUAAAAAUAUUCAUAGUUUUGAAAUUAAAAGUUUGAAUGUUUUAGCCUCAA